AACAACAACAGCUCAGCUCAUUUGGGAGGGACGUUCAGCAGCAGCUGGGAGCUAUUUGACCACGUGACGUGAGAGAUGUUUCUGUCGCUGUAGCAGCCAUCAUUUCACUCAAAUACAACCCUGUGCUAACAAGACACGAAGAGAAUAUAUAGACAUGGAUUUGCACGGGAAUAUCGACUGAAAGAGGUUCCACUCCUUCGCCAAUGGUGUAUUUUUCGGCGUGCUUCAGUUGCAGGUGAGUUUAACCAGCAGCUGCUUUGACCUGGUUUCCUGGCAACUUCUGACAAAAACAGUCACCUUGGCCUCCUGAUUGGUGGAGGUGCACAGGAGAAGGAGUGGACCCCAGCUGCACCUCUUUUCGGGCAUUUGCUGCACUUUGAGACUGAAGGGGGAACGAGGUGCUGUCAGAACCACCCAGAGCAUGGGGCAGAAGGUUCCGGGAGGCAUUAAAACUGUGGACAUGCGGGACCCUGCAUUUCGGCCUCUCAAACUAGAGCUGCAGGCCCUGGAUUACACCAAACCUUCCCGUCUGGAUAUGUUGUUAGAUAUGCCACCAUCCUCCCAGGACGUCCAAGUCCAGCACUCCUGGAACAAUGACGACCGGUCGCUCAACAUUUUUGUGAAAGAGGAGAAUAAACUCAUAUUUCACCGGCACCCUGUUGCCCAGAGCACAGAUGCCAUUCGGGGUCAAGUGGGAUACACACGGGGACUGCACGUGUGGGAGAUCAGCUGGGCCAUGCGCCAGCGGGGCACACAUGCCAUUGUCGGUGUAGCGACGGGUGAGGCCCCACUGCAUUCUGUAGGAUACACUGCACUUGUAGGAAACAAUAACGAGUCCUGGGGCUGGGACCUGGGACGCAACAAACUCCAUCACGAUGGCAAGAACCAGCCCAGUAGGACCUAUCCAGCUUUUCUUGAACCAGAUGAAACCUUUAUCGUCCCAGACUCGUUUUUGGUGGUCCUGGACAUGGAUGAGGGGACGCUAAGCUUUAUUGUCGAUGGGCAGUACUUGGGGGUUGCUUUUAGGGGACUCAAAGGAAGAAAGCUAUACCCUGUAGUGAGCGCCGUGUGGGGACACUGUGAAAUCCGAAUCCGGUACAUAAAUGGACUCGAUCCUGAACCUCUGCCCUUAAUGGACCUCUGUAGACGAUCUGUUCGGGUGGCACUGGGAAGAGAGCGACUGUGUGAAAUCCAUGGACUGCCAUUACCUGUCCUUAAGAACUACUUGCUCUACCAAUGAUGACAGUAGUGCCUUUUCAACAGUUCAAGGCAUAGCAUUCGCCUGUAUUUGUCUCUGGGAUUUACUCUUUCUGGCAAGCCUGUUUCAGUACAAUAUUUCAAUCGUUUUGGUGUGGUGCCAUUCUGAAUCACUGCGUAUGGUA